ACACAAGAUACAAACUCUCUCUCUCUCUCUCUCUCUCUCUCUCUCUCUCUCCCUACCUAUGGAAUCGAAAACCUCUAAGCUAGGGUUUCUCGAACAUCGCACUCUAAUUCUUCUCCACUACCUUUGAAUCUAUGCUCAUAGCUUUUACCUUCUUCUUUGCCGCCAAAUGCUCUAUCUGUUAGUACCAUUUGUUCGGGUAGCCGUGAAGAUCGAGCUCAAGUCUGGAGAAUAUUGGGUCUGUUGAUCGUUGGCUGAGAUAAGGUAAUUCAGGUUUUGAACACUGGAGCGUUAGUUAAUUUUAACAUGGAGAAGAACAUUAUGGUGGAGGAGAAUCAUCAAAGUAGCAAUUCUAAUCUUCUUUCCAAGUCUGUGGAGUCAUCCAUUAAGAUUGAUUCAAUAUCUAUAGAUCUCGUCAAUGCCAAUGAGAAGACAAAUGCAGAAAACUGUGGACAUUUUUCAAUACGUGGAUAUGUAUCUGAAAUUCGAAAAAAAGACUGGAAGAUUUGUUGGCCAUUUGCUUCAGAUGGUGACAGUAAUAAGCAUGAUGAACAAGCAUGUGAGCUUCCAUCCUUGCAUGUUCCGAAGUUUAGAUAUUGGCGUUGCCAUCACUGCCUGUCAGAUAUUGGUGCUAAAGGCAUUGGAAAUGAUUAUGGGCCCAUUCUUAAAUCUUGUACUGCUGGACUAAAAUCAAAUAGCGUUUGUUCCCAUGCAUCCAUUCUUGACAAUGUCGCAAUGCUACCAUCUGAUUUGAAGCAAGCUCCACAGCCACACAUUCUUAAGGAGAAAAAGGUUGAUGCUAAUGCUUCAGCUAACUUGAAUUACACAACUGAAUAUCAUGCUGUGUCAUGCAUUGAUAAAAAGGAAAAGCUAACUGAAGUUGCAAGUCCCACCGUAGGGCAAAAUAUGUAUUCUUCUGGUAAUCUAAGUAAGGAAGUGCAUAGAUUGACUACAGAAAUUUCAGGCCUGAUGCAGAAAACAUAUCAUACAGAUGACAUAGUGAAUCUCAAAUCAAAAUGCAAUGGAUCCAUAGACCCAUGCAAGCCAGCCUGUGAACAUCAUGAUGGUGCUGAGACGGAAUUGGCUGGAAAUCUGAAUUGCAUCAUUAAAAGUUCUUCUAAGUUUGAAAGUAGGAAAGUAAUUUCUCUGGAUGAUGGGUUAGCAGCUUGUGGAAUAUCGGGAGAAGCAGGUACUUUUGAGAAGGGCCAGAACGUAUGUAGUGAGAACAGAGGUGAAGCAAGUAAGCAUCCUUCCCUGGAAUUGGAUGAAUGUGAUUAUGCUUCAUCUGAGAGUGCUGAGAUAAUUGGUCGGAAUAAUCUUCUGGAUCUUCAUCGUGAUAAUUCAAGUGCACUGCAUCGGAGAAAAACUAGAAAAGUGCGCCUGCUAACUGAAUUGUUAUGUGAAAAUGGUGAUGGAGACACAAAUAACGUCAGGACUGAUGAUUCUCUAUCCAAUGCCAUUCCUGAUGCAUCAGCGGUAGGUGAUAAGCUUCAUGUUACAGUAGGUCAGGUGGCUGUCUCAGGAAAUGUCAGAAGGAGUUUCAGUCAACAUAGGAAAAGGAAGUUGGAUCAGGAUGAAGAUUGGAGACCCAUGGAAACAGGCUCUCCCAUUAAAGCAUCUAAAGAAGCUAAGAUCUUAAAGAGAGAUCUGGAAUCCACUGAUGCAAUUGAAAAAGCAUUUGCUAGAAUGCACUUGCAAACUAGUUUGAAAAAUAGUUGCACCAAACGUAGAAUUGAUGGAAGUCCUAGCAUGGGUAAGAAGAAAAACAAAAAGUCCCUGAUUUUAAAUGAAAGUUCAUCCUUAGCCCUCAUACAGGAAAAUGUGCCAAAUGGAAUUGGGAACAAAACCGGAGAUGCAUCAACCAGUAAUGCUGCUGAUGGAGUUAUGAUCAAACCCAUGCAUAACGAAGUUAUAGGCAGAGAGGCAGAUGUUUUCCCUUUGUCCACACAAGAUAGGAAAUCAUUAUUUAAGAAGAAAAGUAAGAUGCCUCAAGUUGAUGAUCCACAUGCUUCCUUAAUUCCUUGGAAUCAUGGCAUGCUCAAAGAAGAUCUCAUAAGCAGAAAAGAUGUUGAUUUCUUGCAGAGCGAGCCUUUAAGGCUUCCAUUUCAUUCAGUGCAGGAUACAUCCAGUGAAAAAGGACUAAAUCUUUCUCUUAACAGCUACUUGACCAAGCAAAAGUAUGACAUGCGGCACAAUCUACCGCCACAGGUUGAAGAGAGGCGAAUGUCUUUAAUUACUCAGCAAGAGGGUACUGAAAAUCUGGUAAACAGGAAUGCUGCAGAAACCAAGUCUAUUGGAAAUUUCAAUUUUGCUUCUAAAUCAAUACCAGAUAUGCAUUAUGGCAAGGGAGUAUAUAGUGGCCUGAGUAGCAAGAGAACUAUCAAUAGAAUGCCCUUCCUUAAUGAGAAGCAGAAUUGUACAUCUCAGUUUGAUAUUGGCAAUUGUUCUCACAUGCAGCAAAAGAAUUUCUACAGUACAAGCAGCAAUAUGAAAACAAUUGGAAUUCAGGAAUGUUCAGUAGUUACAAGGAAAGACGGUGACCAGAGAGCUAACAAGGUGUCUGAACAGGGAGUUUUAGAUGACAUUCCCAUGGAAAUUGUCGAACUCAUGGCAAAGCAUCAGUAUGAGAGGUGUCAACCUGAUGCUGAACAUGAUAGAUGCCAAUUUGAAAUGACAAAUAAUUCUAAGACAGGUCGGGCAAUGGAUUUUAGUAAAGCAUAUGGGAGUGGAGAGAUGAGCUUAUUUCAGCAGGAAGCUUCUCAAAAACGAAAUUCUCGUGUUAAAAAUGGAAGAAAUGGAAUAAUAAAGAGGGGUGAAAAUGUAGGAUCUGCCAAACAGAAGUUAGUUGAGUUCUUUUCCCUUGCAGAUAUAAACCAAUUCAACAUGAGAAAACCACAACAAGCUCCUGCCCCUGCAGGGUUUGAGGCAUUUUUUCAGCGUCAAGAAAAGACACCAACUGGAGUCCACCAUUCUGCUUCCAGUUCUGGCCGGCAAAAUAGUGCACAAAAUUGCAAGUGGGUUGGGGAUAUUGUAGGGAAGAGGUUCUUUCAUAACUGUUUACAGACAUCAGGAACAUGUAUUUCUUGCCAGGGCAUUCCCCAGCAAAGUAAAGAAACAAAUCAUCUUUGGUCCGCCAUGAUGCCCAAUCACAUGCCUUUUGUGUACAACAUUCCUCAAAAGUGUGCUGCUCUACCUACCAGUGUAGAUGUCCUCUCGAAUACUGCUAGUGGUAUGCAUAAGGAGAAUAUAAAUGGCGAUCGUGAUCUGAAGCUUCCAAAUCAGAACACUGCCAUAUUUGGAAAGCAAAACAGAAAUGGUUCUGAGACACUCAGGACAUGUUCAGAGUACCCAUUUGCUUGCAAACAUAAUGGGAUUGAGCUUAAUCAAAAGCCUAUGGGGUCUUUAGAUCUGUAUUCUAACGAAACCAUACCAGCAAUGCAUUUGCUCAGCCUCAUGGAUGCAGGACUUCGGUCCCGUGGACCAAUAAAUCUGGAUGUAGCCCCGAAGUUCCUGAAAAGACCUCUAACUCAUGAUCAAGAGCCUAGUGAGUUUUCUAGGCUGGAUUCUGGAGCCUAUCAAGUGACCAAUACCAUGGAUCACACAUCAUAUGAUUAUCAUGGUAAAAAUAAACUUGCAGAGGAUUCCCAUCGGCACAUUUCUGCCUUUCCAGCCUUUGUUGGUCCAUCUGCUUCUUCAUUUAAACAUGACAAAUGCUUCAAGAAGGCCAAUGACUUCUACAGUCAGGUUUCUCAAGAGAAAGUAAAGGGAAAAGGCUUUGAUUCUCGCCCACAGAAUAAAGGUUGUAGAUCGCAGAAGUCUAUAGGUUCCGGUGGAAAUUUUGGCACCAAUUGUGGAUCCAUUCCUGUGCAUAGCAUGCAGACAAUGUUCUUAGGUGCAUCAAAUUCUAUGGUAUUUCCUUUCCAGUUUGAGGGACUGGACAAUUUAACUAAACGCAAGUUGGAGGCUCCUAGUGGCACUCGAUCUGUUCAACCCCAUAAGAGUUCUGAGACGGGAAUCUGCAGUGUGAAUAGAAAUCCUGCUGAUUUUAGUGUUCCAGAAGCUGGAAAUAUCUACAUGAUUGCAGGUGAAGAUCUAAGAUUUGGAAAAUUUCCUUUUGCAAAUGGGCAUGGCUCAACUAAAUUGGGAGGACAGAAGCGACCAAAGAAGCUUCCUGCUGUGAAAGAACAUCGGCGACAACAAAUUUCAUGAUCAGCAGUUUCAAUGCUGCAGGUAAAGUCUCAGUAGGUCUACCAGCUUCUUCAAAAUGAAAUCAGAUGGUAAAUGCCAAAGUAAUAUUUUUGCAUAAAAAGAAGUCGAUCUUUAAUUCAGUAACCAUGAUAUUCCAUUUACUUCAGGUCUUGCUGAGUUAUGGAAGCCAUACUGGGCAUAAAGGGUUGGGCUUUGUAUAUAUCUACAUUGGCCUUUGAUCUCCACAAGUAACCUUAUAUGUAUGUAUCUUUGUAUGUUUAUUGUAUUUUGGUGUGCUUCAGUUGAAAAUGUUAUUAUAAAAGCCUAAAUCCUAAUGCUGUCGUUGGCUCUCAAAAAAAGAACGCUUUUGUACUUGAAUGAGAGCAUUUGCUCCAUUAUUGAGUGGGAUUUUAGAGUGGAAACAAACAGCAGAACAUUAGAUGCUAUGAUGUAUUUGAAUACAUGAGCCAGAGAUUGGUAACAGCUUCAUCAAUAAAUCAGCAGUCAAAGGGUUCACUUGUUA